GGCGACCCCGAGCUUUAUAACGGGAAUGCAGAGCCAAAGGCGAAGGGGGUCCAGCAGCUUUCUCCUCGGCAUUACUGUCUUACGGGAAGAGUCCCGCCAGAAGCUUUGACAGCUCCUCAUUAUGAAGAAAGUCCAGUGCGCGCUGCUGCUCGUGGCCGCUGUGUCGCUGCUGCUGGACUCUGGGGCCGCCGCGGUUAUCACUGGGGCUUGUGAAAAGGAUCAACAAUGUGGAGGAGGCAUGUGCUGUGCUGUCAGCAUCUGGAUACGAAGCUUACGGAUGUGCACACCUCUUGGCAAUGAAGGAGAUGACUGCCAUCCUUUAAGUCAUAAGAUUCCAUAUUUUGGCAAAAGAAUGCAUCAUACAUGUCCGUGUUUUCCAAACCUCACUUGCAUAAAGUUGGAUGACAGCAUAUAUAAGUGCUUACCCCUUAUCAAAAACAAAGAUUUUUAUUUUUAGAAAUCGGUAGCCGUAUAAAAUAUAAGAAAGUUAGUUGUUUUGGGAUACAGUACGUGUCACAGAGAUUUGUUUAGAAAAUGCUUAGCUGAUGUAAAUGAUUUAUUCAGUAUUUAAAUGUAUUAGGUGAUAGUUUUAUAAAUAUUAUAGUAUUCUAAAAAGUGACAGAAAACUGCUGAUCCGCAGAAUGAAAAUGUUUUCUACUACAUUCAUAAAGCACGAAGUGCAGUAAAUGGCCAUUAUAAAGACGUAUUUGUUUGCAAUACGCACACAUAUUUACAAUUACAUUUUUGGCAUUUUAAAUGUAAAUGUUUGUGCAUUUCGCAAACAGUAACAUUAUUUUUUGCAAAAUGUGAAAAUGGAAAGCUACAGAGUAAUAUAAAGAUGAUACGACAGCUUUGUGAUUGCUAACAGGGGCUGUACUGCUUCAAUUGCAAAAUUCAUUAAUUGUUAUUUAAAUACCUCAGGGUCUUUGAAUGUGGAACAUAUUGUUUCAGCUCAGUGAGGAAGCAUCAAUUAGAAUCACACUGCUGCUUUUGAGAAAUAAAAAUUCCAUUCUUUA